AUGACGUCACUAAAACCGAAAAUGACAGUUUCCGCCGUACGGGGCCGCAUCCUCGUGACAGCAGAAGACGGUGAGCGGAUAGGUCAGUGGGGAGGCACGGAGUGUUUUCUCUCGCGGCAGUCUGGGCUUGGUCCAUGUCUUGUUGUCCGCUCCAGUCGUCAUAAGCGCCACGAGGGGACAUUCUUUCAACUGGUUGGACUCCGACGUGUGUUGUCGACAUAUGCCAUGGAGGGAAAGCUCACAAUUAUGGUACCGCAUGAGCAACGGUUGUGUACCGUGUUUAUUGAGACAGUGGCGGAUGUGGAUGCUCUGAGGAUUAUGGCUGCCUUGCUACAGGACCGCAGUCAUUGGAAAGAUAUUGAGAAGAAUGUGGCGUGCAAAAAGGGUCGAGCGGGACGUGGAUCCAAAGCAAACGAACAGGGACUUCGUGAUCCAGGCGCGUUUGCCAUGCCGGAAUGGGAUAAUAAAGACUUUUAUAUCGAUGAUGCUGCUGCUCCUGAUGGUAACGAUUCUGGCGUGGUCAUCAGUGAUGGAGGUAAGGUGACAACGCCGACAUCUAAAAAGGAAAACAUGUACCCCAAAAAUACGGUUUCUACACAUUCAGAAGUGGACGCGAAUUCAAUGGCGUCCACAAUGGGACGUGGACUGAGUGAAAGGGUGGCACCAUCCAAAGAAGGUGUGUCAUGGACGGUAGAGCAGGUGCGUGCCGUUCAGUUGGUUCGCACGGGGAGAAAUGUCUUUUUGACGGGAUCGGCUGGCACAGGGAAAACUGCAUGGCUUUUGCAUCUGCUGCGGCAUGUCUUGUCAGGCACUGAGGGCGUUGUGGCAACGGCUACCACCGGUAUUGCCGCUCGUAUCAUUGGUGGUCUCACAAUUUAUGCGUUUUCUGGCAUUGGCCGAGGUGAUGGCUCAUUUGAAAAGAUUUAUCGCCGUGUCAAAAGUCGCCCGGAGGUGGUACGAGCAUGGCGGCAAUGCAAGACACUCAUCAUUGACGAAAUCGGAGUCCUCCCGGUAAAUAUUUUUCUGCUUUUGGAUGCGAUUGCCCGACGAGUACGUAACGAGCCUGAUACUCCCUUUGGGGGUAUUCAGCUUAUUCUUCUUGGUGACUUUCUGCAGCUUCCUCCUGUAGACUCCUCCUCGGCUGUUUUUAUGAGUGAGGAUCGCACCGAUGAAAAGAAACCUGAGUCAAACUGGUGCUUUGACUGUCCUUUGUGGGAAAAACUGCGGCUUGCCGCCGUUGAGUUUCGUCAGAACCAUCGUCAUGAGAGUGACCCAGUCUUUGCUGCAUGUAUGGAAGAUAUUCGAUAUGGGCGGUAUACUCGGCGUGUGGAAGGCCUAAUAUCGACAUGUCUUGGUCGACGGUUGAGCGAUCGAUUUGGUGUUAAACCUACCGUCAUUGUGGCGCGCCGUCAAAGUGCCACAGCGUACAACAUGGAACGUCUGCAGUUACUGGACGAUGUCAAUUUUCAUCGUUAUGCCUCUGAGGACUACGCCUCAACGCCCGGAUACGAUUUGGAUAAGGAAGUUUCUCUACUGCCUUUGCUUGAGUUGCGUGUCGGGGCACAGGUGGUACUGCUUGCCUCGUUGCCAGAUGCGCCGCAACUGUCAAAUGGUGACCUUGGCGUUGUCGUUGCCUUUUCUGAGCAGACGCAUGGUACGGCGUUGCCGGUGGUGUGUUUUUCAAGCUGCGGUGGGGAGGAGGUGGCGGUGCAGCGCGUGCGGAUGGACGUAUUGGCGGCAGAUGGACGUGUUGUGGCCGCACGCACGCAAAUCCCCUUGCAGCUGGCGUGGGCUCUGACGGUGCACCGCGUUCAGGGCAUGACGCUUCCGAUGGCGCGGGUGGAAAUUAACAGGAGCUUUUUUGAGUGUGGACAGGCGUACGUGGCGCUCUCGCGAGUCCGUCGACGGGAGGAUCUCGUCAUUACGGAGUUUGACCCGAGCGCCGUUCGCGCUGACCCCAAAGCGGUGGCGUUUUACGAAAAGAUGUUUCCUCGUGAUUCAAAAGCAGCAGCGGGAGGUACCGAGGACGGAGGAGCACUGGUGGAAUUAGGGGGCAUGGAUAAGCGGCUACGACCACACGCUUUCGUGGCGGCGACGAGCACGAAGAAACGGAGGGGAAAUGGUGGCGACACGAAAGACACACUGUGGGAUGAAACGCCACUCUUUGACACUCCACUGCCUGUCGGUGUGUCCGUGGCGGCGCCUCCGGUGGCUCAUGACGCCUUAAAAAUGCUUGCCGUUGCCAGCGGCGCCAUUCCGCAGCUCACGCAAGAGGGCGAACAUGCGGAUUUUACUUACUCCCAGGAGCAGCAGCCCGCCCUGCAACACACACUAUUGAUGGACGAUGACUGA